GACAGAGGCGGGUGGAAGCAAGUUGAGAGAAAGUGCAUUCCCCAGGAAGGGAGCUGGACAGUCCUCAACUCCGUGCUAAGUAAAGGACAGCCAGCCUCGCCACUUGCUUUUGCCUAAAAUAACACCCCUCAAGCCCCAGGAGAUCCGUUUGCAGUUGAACUGAUUUUCCAGUUGGAGUUUUUCCUCAUGGUUCUACCUUAAGAACCACCUGUGGAUACCCGAGAGCAUUUUGAGACCUCCCAGGCCCGUGAUCUGACGAAUAGUGCUCUGCAUUCAGAGCCACCUGAGAUGCAGUGGUGCCGGGGUGGGAUAACAAAGAGAACUGUAGCUUUGCUGGGCAGGAACUCUCUGCUGAAGUGUGCUUAGCACAGCUGGAACUUCUCAUCACAGCUGUAAAAGAAACAAUUAAAAAUAACAUUUGUGCUCAUCAGCAGUGCCCCACUGGCUUCCCCCAGCACUAAUACUUGCACUCAGCUGCCUUGGAUAGGGCCAUUUGUCAAACCCCAUUCCUCUUCUGAGCCUGUUGUUCAUAAUGGGGCUGUCAUCAAUGUAACAGAUGAGGAAGAUCCUUCCGUUACUUCUGGCACAAACUAUGGUGUUUUUUCACUGUUCUCUCAAAGGCAGCAUGGACAUCAAGGAGUAUUUUGCCAGAAUUUCUUAUGGAGGCUCCUAUGAAAAACCAGACCUGGAAACCUUGACGGAAAUAUUCCAGCACCACAUCCAAGCAGUUCCUUUUGAGAAUCUCAGCAUUCACUGUGGGGAAACCAUUGAGCUGGACCUAGCAGCCACUUACGACAAGAUAGUGAGGAAGAAACGUGGGGGCUGGUGCAUGGAGAACAACCACCUCUUAUCUUGGGCCCUGAAAACCCUAGGGUACAACGUCACCCUUUUGGGAGCAAAAGUAUACAUCCCGGAGCACGAUGCAUAUGCUGAUGACAUUGAUCAUCUGUUGCUAAAAGUGGUGCUUCAUGACAAAUCCUACAUUGUGGAUGGCGGUUUUGGGAUGGCCUACCAGCUAUGGCAGCCGAUGGAGCUGAUUUCAGGGAAAGAUCAGCCUCAGACGCCCGGCAUCUUCCGCUUCGUAGAAGAGAAUGGGACCUGGUACCUUGAGAAGGUGAAAAGGAAGCAGUACGUUCCCAACCACAGCGACUCCGCUCCUCAUAACGUAGACAAAGAAGUUUGCCGUCGAGUUUAUCUCUUCACCCUCCAGCCACGAGACAUAGAAGAGUUCAGAGCCAGAAAUCUACACCUGCAGACUGCACCAGACUCACUUUUUGUUACUAAGUCCAUUUGCAGCCUGCAGACCCCCGAUGGGGUCCGGGCACUCGUUGGAUGGAAGCUUACUGAGAUAAAGUACAAUUAUAAGGAUAACAUGGAUCUGGUGGAGAUCAGAAUCCUUGCAGAUGAAGAAAUGGAGAAAACAUUGAAGGAGAAAUUCAAUAUAACAUUAGAUAAGAAAUUUGUACCCAUCAAUACAAGCAGGCUGUCUCUGUUUUAACUCACUGCCUGAAUUAUAAUUCAAUAAGGUGACAUUACGUGCAAUUCUCCCCUCUCUUCCUGACAAGAAUCUAAAAGUUAAUCUUUCUCCUUCCAUUUACCCCAGUUUAAGGCAGAACAGAUUAGCAUGAAUCUGGAAAAGAAAUUGAUUUUCACAACUGCUCCUGCAUCUCUUCUUGGUUUGGGUACAAAUAAUUUCUUCCUCGCUCAAUCAAAUCACUCCCCUUCUGUUUGUGCUUAGCUGGCAGCAGAUGCUGCCCAUUCCCUGCUCCAUUCAUCUCUUAAAAGCUUUUCCCACUAACCUGCAGCAGGGCAGGGAGAUGGAACAGUCCGUCCCUUUCCUUAUUACACACACUGCCACGUGGGGAAUAUCACACCCACAUCUUAAAUUAAUGCCAUACUAUUUUUCUGGCUCUUACAUUUCAGAAAAGAGAGACAUCCAGUGCCAUUUGCUACAAUAAGCCAUAAGGCUGUCCUCUGGGCUCCUGCCCCCCUAGCACCUUCUUUCAGAUUCCCGUACCCUCAGCAACAUAACCAAAGCUUUCAAACUGAAAGCAUCUCCUGUGGAUUUUGUUUGUGAGCACUCCAGGAGAGGACUGCUGGGAAUGCACCCUCCUCACACAAGACUGUCACUUCUGUGGCAAAUGUUACUGGCUUGUCAGUCAGUUUUUGCAAAACGUAUGUAUUUGACUGUUUGUAGUGAUACUAAUUAUAUUGAUACAAGGAGAAAUGAUGACUCUUAGCCUGUAGGUAUCUGAUUAAGAUUUUUAUCGUAAGAAAUUACACAAAUGUAAUCACUUUGCCCUUUGAGAUGAUGCUUGAUGUUCCUUUAUGUACAAAUCACAGAAGCAUUACAACUAUGCACUUACAAUUAAGUAAAUAAUGUAAGCGAAUUGCAAUUAAAUAAAAAGACAAGAACUGUGAAGUA